AAACACUUUAAUCGAAGUUUUAACCGUUUUAUUUUACGAUAAUUCGUUUAAAAUGGCGAAUUUUAAAACACAAUCUAUUAAAAUAAUUGCUAAAUAAGCGAAUAAUUGAAUAAUUGUUGGUUGCCUCUGAGAGGUUUCUGAGACUCAUUAGUUAGCCAGUAACAGUGGAGUACGACAAUGCCAAUCGAUCGAUCCUCAUCUGUAUCGUCCGGCAGUACUUGGGGAGACGAGUUUGAAGUUGGCAACGUUCGUCCGGCCGGUUCACCUAUCGACGAAAUAAUCGUUGAAAAUGAUGAUCGUCAAGUAAGGGAUCCUGGUCAGCAUGGGGCUGACAGUGGUGGAGAAGACGGUGGAGAUUGUUGUUUCGGUGGGAAAAUAAAAUGGUGCUGCCUCAAGGGAUUAUCAUUGAUUAGGAAAAUUUGGGCCACUAACCAGAUGGAAGACACUAAAAAUAACAAAGACACUAGAAUGAGAUUAUUGAUUAGAGAAUUAGUCAUCUAUGUUAUCUUUCUAUUCUUUGUUACUUUCGUGACUUUCAGCAAGACGUCACCAACUGAUUUUUACUUUUCGAGGACUUUGGCUAUGACCUUUCUGGACUCUCCUGUUCAUCCUAGUGACCCCUUUGUGACCUUUAAAAAUAUGAAGGUCAUAAAACAUUGGUAUCAGUUUUCUCAGGGCCCACUUUUAAACGGUCUCUAUCCGGACAAUAUGGUCCCAGUAACUAAGAUCCCAGAAACGGACAAAUCCGGAUUGCCAACACCAACGACGACAUCAUCAUCACUGACAACCCCAUCAUCAUCAUCAACACCGCCGCCAUCAUCAUCAUCAACACCGCCGCCAUCAUCAUCAUCAUCUCCCCAAUCAUCAUCAACAUCUGAGAUACCUGGUUACAAGCCUUUCGGAGUAGCGAGAUUGCGACUGGUAAGAAGUCUAAAUGGCAGCUGCAAAGUUUCCAAACAGCUCUACGCCUCGACCUACAAUAGCGGUAUUGACAGCAACGGCGGGGGUGGCAGCACCGGUAAGGGGAGUACUAACGACGGGUACCCUUGUUACCAGGGUUAUUCUUACAGUGCAGAAGAUCGGACCAUUUAUGGACCCGACCAUUCAAACGCCUGGUUCUACCAGUCAGCUGAUCAGUUGGGCAGCAGCUUAAGCAGCUUUUCCGGUCGUAUAGCUACUUACAGUGAAGGUGGUUACGUACACGACCUGAAUACAACUUAUGAAUAUUCAAAAUAUGACCUUGAAAAUUUGGAGAGAUACGAUUGGCUGGAGUAUGGACCAACCAGAGCCGUGUUUAUCGAUUUUUCUCUCUAUAAUGCUAACAUCGAUCUGUUGUGCAUUGUUAGAUUGCUGACGGAGUUUCCUGUCUGUGGGGGAAUGGUCUCCUCCUGGCAUAUGAAGAGUGUAAAAUUGCUCAGGUAUGGCACAGCGUUUGAGUUUGUCCAGUUAGCAUUUGAAAUCAUCGUCGUCAUCUUCCUCAUAUACUUUGCCAUUGAAGAAGUUAUUGAGAUCUACAGAUUGAGAUGCGGCUACUGGAGAUCCUUCUUCAACGUUAAUGACGUCAUAAUCGUGCUUCUGCUCGUCACGUGCCUCGUCCUCACCAUCCUGAAGACCACCAGGCUGAAUGACACCAUACUCAACAACUACAACAACAACAACAACUUCGACAACAAUAACAACAACAAUAAUAAUAAUAACGGUAGUCGCGGUAGCGAUGACGGAUUUUUGACCACUACUACAAGAAGUAGUAGUGGUAGUAGAAGUAGCAGCAGUACUACUACUUUUAGUGGUAGUAAUGGUAUCGGUUUUAAUGUACCAACAACUAAUUCUACCAAAACUAACAACAACAUCAACAUCACCCCAACAACAACGUCAUCAUCGUCUAAUAAUAACAAUACUUACAAUGACACAAGGAACAGUAAUGGUAAUUAUGGUGGUGAUGGUAAUAUAUAUGGCUAUAAUGUUCUUUCACAUCAUGUUGAUUUGAACUCACUGGCUGAACUAGAAGGUAUUUAUAUGGGGUUCAUGGCUGUCACCUUAUUCUGUUGUUGGAUUAAGUUAUUCAAGUUCAUUGGCCUGACACGAACCAUGACCCAAUUAUCAAUGACCUUAAGUAGCUGCCUGUCCGAGAUCGUGACCUUCACCUUUAUAUUCACCCUUGUUUACGUCUCGUUUGCCCUACUUGCCUACUUUCUAUUCGGGUCGACCGUUCCAGGGUUCAACACUUUUGAGGGGGCUCUGUAUUCCCAGUUCAAAAUUCUUUUGGGGGAUUUCAACUACGACUCAAUCCUCUCGACCAAUAGCGUUCUUGGCCCCGCCUAUUUCAUAAUCGUCAUCUUCAUCCUCCUCAUCCUAUUGGCUGGCAUGUUUGUCGCUAUAAUCAGUGACGCCUACGGCAAUGUCAAGAUGGAGCUACUGCAGAAGAGGCGGGAUCUCGAAUUGAUGGAUUACAUUAAAAAAGCUUAUAGGAAGAUGCUGGACAAGAUUGACUUGAAGAGGCGCAGAAACACCAAAGAUGCUACUGAAGCUAUGAAUAUCGCCGGUGUCACAUCGUCCCACGCGAAGGAAGCUGGGAAGAGGGAAAACCCGAAAUUCGGCGAGUCCCGUUUCAACAGGACAAACGACGAUGACGUCAUCAUUGCAAGGAAUGGAGAUGGCGAUAAUAAGCUAAGAGCCACCAACAACAGUUUUGACGGCGAAAGCGUUGAAGACGAUGACGACGACGAUGACGACUACAGCCUCUCAAAUCAUCAUCAUCAUCACCACCACAAUCGCCAGCAGCAACAGCAGCAGCCACAGCAGCAACAUCGUCGCCAUCAUCAACAACAACAUCACCAUCGUGACAGAAAUCUCCAUCCUACGACUAUGGCGACGAUAGGUCAAAGGUUAAUUAACCACAGGAAACGCCGUAGUAAUAAUAACAACAACAUGAUUAAUAAUAAUAUGAAUAAUAAUAAUAUCGUUGGGGGCGGAGCUUCAGGCGGGGUGGGGCAUGAGGAAUUUUCCAUGCUACAAAGGAGAGUCGAUAGGAUGGAGCAUAGUAUUGGGAGUGUUGUCUCGAAGAUUGAUGCAGUGCUGGUUAAGCUAGAGACGAUGGAAAGGUUGAGGUCAUUGAAUAAGGAGGCUGUCACCAGACUACUCAACAGCGUUACUGAGUCUGAAGGGGCCCUAAGUGAAGAUUUUAGAAACGAAUGUUUAGAAAGGUUAGUCUGCAGUGACCUUGCGGGUGUGCACUGGGACUCGAGCUCGGGAAUAAGCGGCGGUGGUGGUCCCUCCCCCGUCUCCAGUCGAGAUCAUCAUCAAAACCACCACCACAAUUACAACAAUGAUAAUAACAACAAUGAGUGAGUGAAUGAAUGAAUGAAUCAACUAAAUGAAUGAAAGAUUGAUUGAUUGAUUAAUUGAAUGAUUGAUUGAUUGAUCGAUUGACAACAUGAGGACCUAACUUAAAACUUUUUAAUACUCCUAGUAAGUGCGUGCAUUUCUUUUUAGAAACAAUUUUUUGGUUAAACACACCCACACACACAUACGCACAAAUACACACACACACACACACACACACACAGACAAACUCUCACACACACAAACACAC